CCAUUUCAAAACAAUAAAAAAGAUUUGAAAACAUCCCGCCAGAUUCAAAGAGCGAAACCAAAUAUGAAAGGUUAUCAAACUCCACAGCAAGAUCAAUCGCGGCCGUCCAAUCUUCCGAAUCGCAAAUUUAAGGAGUCUCAUUCGAAGAAGGUUGUGAAGAAGAAUUUAAACGCCGAGUUCACUUCAGUUCAUGAAGAUCUUUUGACGGAAACAGUCAAAGAAGAUUUCUCUCCGAUUUCUAAGAUAUCGGACGCCGACGAAAGCUUUGCACUAGCUUCGUUGAAACCGUUCGAUCUGCCUCUGACAUCUCCAACCAAGAUCAACAAAAAUGAGUCCGAUCUUUUAUUGGAUGAUUAUCACUUAAAAAUAUCAACUAGUUCUGAGAUCAUUUCACAGGAGGCAGAAGUAUUGGCGAAUCUUCUCAAACAAGCUCGGAAUCAAGUUUCAAACUCGAUUGAUACAGAUGCUCGGUCUAAGAGACUUCUGGAUGCACUUGUUAAGAUCGUUGUAGAGGAGCUCUACGCGGUGCCUAAAGAGAAGGACCGUUUGACUGAACUUGUUUUGAUGAAAACUCGUAUUGUCUCGCUGUGUUUCUUGUUUUGGAUUAUUGCAAUGUCUGUGAUUUUUUCCUGCAAUUCACGCUCUGGAAGAUCUUCCAUUGGACCUCCGCCUACUUGAUCUAUUGCCUGUAAGAAGUUUUCAGUUGGAGGGAUUAGGGAGAGCUAGAGCGAGUAGCUGUCCUUGAUUGUGCUUAAAUGAAAUUUGAGGUUUGUGAUCUAACCAUUGGCACUCUUUAGAUUUGUAUUAAUGUUACCAGUUUUUAACUACAAUGUUUCAUCCACUAUGAUAUUUUGUUUUACGCUAACAAUCAUAAUGAUAUGCCUUUUCUAUUUUCACGA